GCACGCCGGGAGGGCCAGCGGGGGACCGGGCCGUGCGCUCCCGCUCUGGGCGGGGCCGGCGGCACGGCCUCCAGACAGUGGGCGCCGGCGGCCUCCUAGCGCCGGAAAGCCGGGCCUGCGCGCUCGGGAGACCUGCGGGCUAGCGGCGCGGGCGUGACGGGCGGGGCAACUAGCGGGUCUGCUUUUCGUUUCCUUUUCCUCCUUCUCGCAGUCUCAUCCCGGACACCGGAAGGUGCAGGGGCAGAGCCUCGGACAGACCCACCCUCUCUGCCCCUCUCGUGUCUGGCCGCGAGGGCGCCCAUUCCUCUUUGGACCCACCUAUUAAAUCGGUUUCAGGAUCUUCGACUCUGGAUGCAGAACCUCUCAGGGUUGGCUGGAGGCCUCCUGAUGCAGUGAUGCAGUCUGAAUCCAGCCGGUGUGAAGAGGAAAUGCCUUCCCUCUUGUGGGGUUUGGAUCCGGUGUUUCUAGCCUUUGCCAAACUCUACAUUAGGGAUAUCCUGGACUUGAAAGAGUCCCGCCAGGUGCCAGGUGUAUUUUUUUACAACGGGCAUCCAAUAAAACAGGUAGAUAUCUUGGGAACUGUAAUUGGAGUGAGAGAAAGAGAUGCUUUCUACAGUUAUGGAGUGGAUGAUAGCACUGGAGUUAUCAACUGCAUCUGCUGGAAAAAGUUGAAUAAUACCGACUCCUCAUCAGCUACAGCUGCUACAAAUGCAAGAGAGCUGAGCUUAACCUCACAGCUUAAGAAGCUGCAGGAAACCAUUGCGCAGCGAUUAAAGAUAGAAAUUGGGGACCUUGUCCAGAUCAGAGGUCACAUCCGCACGUACAGAGAAGAACGAGAAAUUCAUGCCACCGUUUAUCAUAAAGUGGAUGAUCCAGUGUGCAACAUUCAAAUCGCAAGAAUGCUCGAGCUGCCCACCAUCUACAGGAAAGUUUAUGACCAGCCUUUCCACCGCCCAGCCCUGGAGAAAGAAGAGGCCCUGAGCAGCAAUCCAGGCGCCUUGAACCUCAACAGUCUCACAUGUCUGCUGAGCGAAAAAGCUAAAGAAUUCCUUGUGGAGAACCGAGUGCAAAGCUUUUACCAGCAGGAGUUGGAAACGGUAGAGUCCUUGCUGUCGCUGGCCAACCAGCCCGUGGUUCACAGCACCCACCCUGGGCAGGUGGAUUUUAAAAAUGACACCACCUCCAAGGCAAUUCAUAGUAUAUUUAAGAAUGCUAUAAAGCUGCUACAGGAAAAAGGAUUCGUUUUCCAGAAAGAUCGUGGUUUUGAUAACCUAUUCUAUGUAACUAGAGAAGACAAAGAAUUGCACAGAAAGAUCCUGCAGAUCAUUCAAGAGGACUGCCAGAAACCAAAUCCAACAUAAGAACUCUGAGAAGAUGAAGGAAGCUCUUGGAAAACUCUCUGGGGCUACAUUGGGUCGCUCAUGUUCUGAAGAACAACCAGAGGGUCCCCUGAAAAGGAGGAAACUAGCACACAUUCUUCUGCUCACCGCGUGUACAUGUUUCAGGAGCUGGGACCCCUGCAUAUAGUUCAUGCAGGCAAGUAGACAAAUAGCGCUCUGUCUGGUCAAAGACUUGUUUGAUGAUCCAUGAUGAUCCCUAUCUGGUAAGCUCCCAGUGCUUCUCAUCCCUAUAAGACACUUCUUUCUAAUUAUUCCUCCCUCUGAUAGUGUGCCAGGACUCUGCCGGGAGAAAGCCAAGUGGAUAGAAGUCUAUUCAGUGAUGAGGAACCCAAGACUUAGUGCCAAGGAUUAAAACCAAGCAACCCAGUCAUUGUCCAUUGGAGAAAACAUCCACGCUUCCUUGUUAGUGUGGUCUCUUCUCUACAAGUGGCCUCUACAGUGACUGCCCCAAAGAAGCAUUUCAUUGUUUCCUUACUAGAUUUUCGUGAAGCAUACAGGCAAACUCAGGAAGACGCGGGUGAGCCUUGCCGAGAAGCCAGCCACAGGCGCCAGCAAAGAACCAGGACCAUCCUGACGGGAAAUAGUGUCUGUGGAUAAAGAACUUUGCAGUAGCUUUUAUUUGCAUAAUAGUCUACUGGUGGAGGCUCUAAACGUGAUCCUAAACUCCUAUAUAAGUGAGUUUUUACUUAAUCUAGAAUUUUUUUUAAAAAAGCCUAUUUUUAUUGAUCUUUUAUUAGUAAAACCAAACUAAUAAAUCCCAGGUCUGUGUUCACACACAUUCUAAAUCAAAUCUCAAAUUCUAAACCAAAUCCCAGGAGUUGCCUGUGGUGCAGUGGUUUAGGGAUCCAGUGUUGUCACUUCUGUGGCUCAGGCUGCAGCUGUAAUGGGGGUUUGAUCCCUGGCCCAGGAACUUCUGCAUACCACAGGCACAGAAAAAAACAGACAAACAAACGCAAAUUCCUGAAGAGACUCCAGUCUCUCCCUGUAUGUCAAAUUAAAAUGAUAGGUUUUGCUGUAGAACAUAAAAAGAGGGAUUUUGAAGACCACAUAACAACCCUAGGUUUUUUUUUUAGAUAGAGACAGUAAAGUGGUGUCUCAUUAAUUCAGACUGAUGUGGUGAAAGGUUUGUAUAAAUUAGUGAAAAGCCUGGGUUUGAAAUAGUGAUAUUUUAUGACUUUAGGUCUACCCAGUGUUCCAUGCACAUCUGAAUUACCAUGAGGGAACAAGUUUGCUGCUCUUGGGAAACCUGCUUUAAAGAAUAAGAAUUAUUUAAAUCAUGUGUCAUCUGUUAUUUUUCAGUAUUAUUUAA